AUGUUGAGGAACCUGCGCAGCCUCCUGAAUAAACUGACGCCAGAAAAAUUUGAGAGGUUGUUGAACCAGGUGAAAGACCUCAAGAUUGACACAGAGGAGAGGCUAGAGCCUGCCGUGAAAUUGAUCUUCGAGAGGGCCAUCUCAGAGCCUCACUUCUCUGAGUGUUAUGCCACUUUGUGCCACCGCCUAAUGGAGGUGGUGAAGGACAAGUGGUUCAGUACAUUUGUUUCCACUGAGGAAGGUUCCCGGUUCAAAGCCACCCCUGCCCAUUGUCCAUGUCGUGUGGACUUGUGUGGUUCUGUCAACUUCCGCAAGCAGCUCCUUGCACUCUGCAAGACAGAAUUUGAAAAGGACCAGAAUACGGACGAGGCUCUUCUCAAGAAGCAAGAGCAGCUGAAGACUGCCAAAAAUGAUGAGGAGCGGGAGAUCUUUGCUCUGGAGCUGGAGGAGGCCAAGGCGAAGUUUCGUCGUCAGUCUCUUGGAAAUGUCAGAUUUAUUGGAGAGCUGUUCAAGCUGCAGAUGCUCUGAGACCAUCGUCCACAGCUGCUUAGGAACACUACUAAGUAGGGGAGAUGAAGAUUCCCUGGAAAGACUCUGCAGCUUGUUCUCCACAGCUGGGAAGGUCCUGGAUGAUGAGAAAAACAAGGUAUUGCAGCAUGAACAUGGACAAAGUCAUUGUUGAUGCAAUCAUUUAUUUAUUCAAACUUAACUGAGUUCAACA